AUGAGGAAGCCGGAGGCGCCGGCGAAGGAUCAUAUAUCAGAAGAUGCCGCCGGCAAGCUGAAGAAGGGCCUGUGGUCGCCGGAGGAGGACGAGAAGCUCGUCAGCUACAUGCUCAAGAACAGCCAUGGAUGUUGGAGUGACGUCGCUCGCAACGCCGGCCUGCAGAGAUGCGGCAAGAGCUGCCGGCUCCGGUGGAUCAACUACCUGAGGCCCGACCUCAAGCGGGGGCCUUUCUCUCCCCAAGAGGAGGAGCUCAUCGUCCAACUCCAAUCUAUUAUCGGCAACAGGUCCUCCCUCUCUCUCUUAAAAAUCUAGCUUAGAACUGGUGGUCAUCAAUGACUGGUGAUCUAUUUUACCGUGAAGCUCGUCAUGGAUUCUAACUCUCAAUGACCCCGGCUUCUCCAAACCUUCACAGGUGGUCUCAGAUCGCGUCGCGGCUGCCGGGGCGCACCGACAACGAGAUAAAGAACUUCUGGAACUCUACGAUCAAGAAAAAGCUGAAGAACUCGACGUCGCCGGCGCCGCCAACCAGAGAAGCCACCGCAGAUCUCGGGUCAGCGAGAAAUGCCGCAAUGGGAGCUCCGAUGGGCAGGUCCACAGGUCAUCUGUUCAGCGCGCUGUCCCUCCCGGAAAGAAGCUACGCUGCAGCUGGAUCGAGCGGCAACUGCAUCAAUGGAGACUCGUGCCUGUCGCCCAUUGGAGAGAGCUUCUACGGCGGCCAUGGAUUUACAGUGGACAGCGGCCUCGUGGGAGUAGGCUUUGGCGUUUACGAGGCCCCACCGGAGAGCGCGUACUUGGAGGAGAGCUCCAUUGGCCGGGUCUCCUGGUGCAGUAAUACCACCGACAAGAAUUAUUUCCAUAACGGCGGCGAUAAUUCCGGCUACAUCGGUGGAGAAGAACAGCAGACUCAGAGCGGUCCCAGUGAGUAUGGAAGAUACGAGCUCUGGGGAGGAAGAGGAGUGAGUGCCGGGGUGUGGGACUUGGCGGAGUCGAUGGGGGACGUCCCUUUCUUUCCUCUCCUCGAUUUCCAAGUCUAA